GCCCAGUAAUAACACACUUCGCCUGAUAACACACGGUAAGGCAUCACUGUUAUCAUCAUGACAGGUGAGAAGAUACGCACCAUGCGAAAGGAUAACAACAAACCCAACAAAAAUGACGAGAUAAUGGACACGUACGAGGAGACUUCAAACGGGACUAUUCCGAACGGUACCGGUAACCAUUUUAAAUCCAACAAGGCUUUUCAGAGAUCGGUCAAAACGUCGGCGCUGCAGCAGCAACAGCAGCUUAACGAAAACAACAUCAAUGGCAACUCGUCGUCAAUCGGCACCGUCGUCAAUGAUGACAACAAGAAUCCCAUAAUCCUGACGAGUGAGGACUUGGAGUUCCCCGUUCACGAGUGUGUGUUCAAGGGAGAUGUACGUCGGCUCUCCUCCCUCAUCAGGACCCACAGCAUCCUUCAGAAAGACGUGCAUGGGAACACACCUCUUCACCUGGCUGUGAUGUUGGGUCACAAAGAGUGUGCCCUCCUACUACUGGCCCAUAAUGCACCUGUAAAGAUCAAGAACGCACAGGGAUGGAGCCCUCUAGCAGAAGCCAUCAGCUACGGUGACAGACAGAUGAUCACGGCAAUACUGCGGAAGCUAAAGCAGCAAUCCAGGGAGAGUGUGGAGGAUAAGAGGCCAAAGUUACUGAAAGCUCUGAAGGAGCUUGGUGACUUUUAUCUGGAGCUGCAUUGGGACUUUCAGAGCUGGGUGCCUUUGCUAUCCAGGAUGCUGCCAUCUGAUGCUUGUAAAAUCUACAAGCAGGGUAUUAAUAUCAGACUUGACACAACUCUCAUAGACUUCAAUGAUAUGAAGUGUCAGCGCGGAGAUCUAAGCUUCAUAUUCAACGGCGAUGCAGCGCCCUCCCAGUCCUUUGUGGUUCUCGACAAUGAAGCUAAAGUGUACCAAAGAAUACACCACGAGGAGUCUGAGAUGGAGACUGAAGAGGAGGUUGAUAUUCUGAUGAGCAGUGACGUCUACUCUGCAACUCUGUCCACCAAGUCCAUCAGCUUCUCUCGCAGCCAGAUCGGCUGGCUGUUCAGAGAGGAUAAAACAGAGCGGGUUGGGAACUUCCUGGCAGACUUCUAUUCCGUGAACGGGCUGAUGCUAGAGUCCCGGAAACGACGAGAACACCUGAGCGAGGAGGACAUCUUGAGGAACAAAGCCAUCAUGGAGAGCCUGAGUAAAGGAGGCGGCAUCAGUGAACAAAAUUUUGAACCUGUGAGGCGGCAGUCACUUACAGCUCCAUCACCCAACACAAUUUCUUGGGAAGAGUACAUCACUGCAGAGCAGGGAAAGCCUCCUCAUCUUGGUAGAGAGCUCGUGUGUAAGGAGAGCAAGAAGAACUUCAAAGCUACCGUAGCCAUGAGCCAGGAUUUCCCCCUAGGCAUCGAGUCGUUACUCAACGUUUUGGAGGUCAUAGCCCCGUUCAAGCACUUCAACAAACUCCGGGAGUUUGUACAGAUGAAACUUCCUCCAGGGUUUCCAGUCAAACUCGACAUCCCCGUCUUCCCCACCAUCACAGCAACCGUCACCUUUCAGGAGUUCCGCUACGACGAAUUUGAAGACUCUAUGUUCGUGAUCCCCGCUGAAUACAAAGAAGACCCCAGCCGCUUCCCUGACCUCUGACCUGCUGACACAAACAGGAAAUGACCACUGAGCUUAGAUGUUUGGGAGGAGGGAAACAAAAUGAGGAAUCUUCUUAUUCGUAUAUGUAUUAUCCUAUCCAUUUCUGGUCAGAUCGAUCAGUUUGUCGCUCAUUUCGCUGAUGGAUCCAAAGCAAAUCAAUGCAAACAGGUUUUUUUUUUAGAGCGCUAUCUCAUUUGUAUGCCUCGUUUCCACUGCAUGGUAAGGCUCUGUUGGACUUUUUUUUUAAUGGAAAAGGUGAAACAAGUUGUUGCUAGUACCCGGUACUCCUCUUGGUAUCACCUCAGCUGUGGUUCCAUGCAAUCUGAGCCUAUAAAGAACUAAAAGAGUUCACAUGACCGAUGGGUAAAAGAAUAGUCACUUGCAUGUACAUGACGGCGUCCGCCCUAAGUAGGAGGUUGGAAGGUCAGCGGCAGUGACUUCAGCACGUUCACAGCGUACACAUUUUAAUACAUCACUUAAGUAUGUAGCAUAUUAAACAUGCCUAUCUAAAGGUCAUUGAAUAACGUCUGUUGCAUUAAAUCUGUGCUUGUGUACUUGAAGUGGAGACACGACCACAUGCCACACCUGGGUAAGAAAAAAAAUUACUAGAACCUAAAUACUAGAACCAGUUCCAUGCAGGUUGAGUCAAAAAGGGCCGAUACCUUGCUGGUAGGAAAAGCGGCAUUAGAUGCAUAUCUGCAUUAUUUUUGUGAAAUAAGUGAUAGUUUUUAUUGUUCUUGCUGUUCACCAACUGAGCGGUUAAACUGCUGCUCUGCGCUGCUCUUCUCUCCUGUAAACGCUCUUUUAAGAAACCAUUCUGAACUCCUCAUUUUUACUGCGUUGUUAGGAACUCGUUCUGGUCCUUUCCAAGGACUCGUGACAGCAUUCUCGUUCUUUAAAGCACUGACACCAUCAUCUGUAAAUGAUUCACAUCUCAUCUGCAAUUCAUAACAAAGAGAACUUAAAAGUAAAACUUUAUCCUCAAACGGAGCUUAAUAUUCAUUUAUAAAUGAUGUACUAUAUAUAUAUAUAAAUAUAUAUACUCAAAAGGAGUAACACUGUGUAGCAAUACAUUUCCAGUCCUUAAGAAUGUUUUUAACCAGCUGGGAGAAGAUUUAGCAUAAGAACACAUUGUUAACCGUUCAAUACCUGAGCCUUUUCCCCCCUAUGCAGGACACGGUCUCCUGUGUUUUCAGGUUCACUCAUGUUACCUCUCUGCUGUCUCCAUGUUUGUCGUGCCAGUAUGGACUCUGUGCUCAGUGCGAGUGAGUCAUUGUCAUGUAUAAAGGAUUGUUGUAUGUACGUCUGUCUGUGGGAGAACCCGGGUGGGAUAUCAGGUAAACUGUGAUAAGUUUAACACUGCACUGAUAUUAAGUAUAUUUAAGGCAUGCUAUGGCUGCAAUGGCCAACUGGAUCACAUGCAUUGUUAAGAUAUAUUCUCUGAACGUUUGUUAUAUUACCUGAAGACUUGUUAUUUAGAUUUAAGGAGAAACUGAAACUUGUAGCACUACCACUUUGAAACACCUUUCAGUGCUUAUUAAAUCUCUCCUUGAUGGUAGUCCAAGCAUACUUUACUUUUUUUUUUUAUUAUUCAAGAAGAGUGAACUAAGCUGUGAAGUUGAUAUUGCUGGAAUUUUCCAAAACUGUCCAGAAGGGAAAUGAUCUGAUGGUCCAUUGAUUUGUCUCUGGCUUCAGCUAAUGUGUACUGCAACCAUACCUACUUCACAUCCCUUUAAAUAAAGCACCAGCAUCAUGUUUCAAA